UCAGGUAUCAUCGACGUAGCGAUAAGGACAACAUUGCAAACUCAGUGCCUGUUUGAAUUAUAUUUUGAGAAUUCUGCUUUCUUGGCUGUAUCAUCUCAUGAAAUUUUCAGCCAACUUGGAUCUGGACAAUUUGUCAUUACCAAAACUCAACGAUGGGAGGAAGGAAUAAAACAGGUAGCUCAGUUAGCCAUAAAAAUGGGAAGACCGCCAAAGGGAAAAAGCACCGAGGGGCCGAAACCAAAGAUAAGAAGGACUUCAACUCGCACCCUCUCCUAAACAGAAAAAAUAUAGGCUAUGGAUUGUUCAUAAUUGGCUUAGCACUGGUUUCGGGAUUAUUGCACAAUGCCCAUAUAUCAAGAAUGUUUGAAAAUGAAAGGUUUUUCUCUCACCUGUCAACACUAGAAAGAGAACUGUCCUUUCGCACAGAAAUGGGUCUGUAUUACUCCUACUACAAAACAAUUGUAACUGCUCCAAGUUUUUUGGACGGCCUUCGCUCGGUUACGUCAUGUAACAUCACAGAGUACCCAAGCAAGGUGAACGUACUAAGGAGAUUCAACCUUUAUCCUGAAGUGGUUUUAGGUGCAGCAUUUCGAGCUUUCGAGUGGUUUUCAGAAGUAUUUAAAUAUAACUCGAAAGUUUGCUAUACUGUUAACAGAGGCUACGGCUUACCACCAGUACAGAGCUGUGAAGGAAUGGGUGACAUGGCUUUCUUUUAUGUUUAUCCAAUUUUUUGGCUUAAUGGCAUUAUGAUGUCUUUGGUGUUUUUACUUGGAUUUUACCUGAGCAACAGUGCACUGGGUGGAAUAUUAGCUGUUGCUUCGUAUUUUUACAACCAUGGGGAGUGCACAAGGAUCAUGUGGACGCCGCCUUUGCGCGAAAGUUUUUCCUUCCCUUUUCUGAUAGCACAGCUACUCGUCGUUGUUUACAUCCUGAAAUUGCAGAAAGUGACUUGGAAGCACAGUUUAUUGUUAUCUAUGGUUACACUAUGUUUCAUGCUUCCUUGGCAGUUUGCUCAGUUUGCACUGUUGACACAGAUUUGUGCCUUGUUUGGGUUAUAUAUUUUGAAAUUUUUUUCGGCGAAUAAGACGUUAUGUAUCGUCCACGGUUUACUGGCUGCUCAUUUUCUCAAUUUUAUUCUCCAAUUUGCAAACUCUCUCUUAAUGAGCUCUUUCUUCGUAUCGGCAACUAUAAUGACAUUGCUGAUCGUUAAAUGUGAAUCGUUGAUCGAAAAACUUCCUUAUAGGAUUUUAAUAUGGGGGGUACAGGGUUUGAUAUUCGUGACUGGAUCAUUAGUGACGAAAUUUGGGAUUGCAAAAUUAUUUAAUAUAAAAGAUGACGCGCACAUAUUCGAUAUUUUGAAAUCAAAGUUUUCAAAUUACCAAGACUUUCAUACAUUACUAUAUGUAUGUGCACCUGAAUUUGACUUUCUCGAGCCAGAGACUCCUUGGAAAUUGACAAAAACACUUUUGCUACCAAGCGCGGUGAUUGCAGCAGCUGUGUUAAUUGCAAAAGUCGUAGAGAAUGAAAUUGUUUACUGGUUUAAUCUGUCUCAAAAUCAACAGUCUUCUGAUAGUGUGAGUGAAGUAUCUACAGAUGAAGAUGAAAACAUUGAGGUUACAAAGCCACAUGCUGAGCAUGUAUACUUGUUGCUACAAUCAGUUGCCUUCGUUAUGAUGGCUAUCAUCAUAAUGCGGCUGAAGCUGUUUGGAACACCUGCAUUGUGCCUUAUGACGUCAUUGCUGGCUUCAAGACAGCUUUUCGGAUUCAUCAAAAACCCACUUCAUCACCAAGCACUGAUAAUCGCCUUGAUAGCUGCAAUGUCAGUCCAGGGAAUCGCCAACCUCAAAGGUCAAUUCGAAACAAAAGGAGAGUACAAUAACCCAGAGCAAGAGCAAUUGGUUGAGUGGAUACAGCAAAAUACUGAAUCAACGGCUGUUUUUGCUGGUGCAAUGCCGACCAUGGCAUCUGUAAAACUCACAACCAACCGGGCAAUAGUGAAUCAUCCCCAUUAUGAAGAUGCUGGACUCAGGGAAAGAACCAAGAUGGUAUACCAAGUUUAUAGCAGAAAGCCUUGCAGUCAGGUCCAUAAAACAUUAAAAUCGAUGCAAAUUACACAUUUGAUCAUGGAAGACUCGUGGUGUGUAAGAAGAUUUAGACCUGGCUGUGCAUUGCCUGAAGUUUGGGAUGUCGAAGAUCCAUCAAACAAAGACCGACCUGCUUGCUGCAGCACUUUGAGAGAACACCCAAGACCUUUUAAAAAGAUAUUUAGUAACAGUCAAUAUGUUGUUUUAAAAGUAUGAUAACUAGUAAUCUUCGUCCUGCACUUUUGCAGUGAAUAAAGAUAUCGACGAUCCAAGUCGAUAAGCCAUCGAUAAUAUCUCCUAUGAGCCAUCGAGAAAGGUUCCAAGCAUUUGCUGGUUUUGCACAAGAGUAGGUAUUUACGUGCAAGCUCCCUCUCUAUUAUGGAGUUCAGCCUUGCCAGAUACUUUUUGGAUACUUUUACCAGGUCCUAGGCUACGAAAUCUUUUGAAUGACCAUAUGCAGUUUUUUUAACAUUUUCCCCUAUCUUGCGAUUUAAUUGAAGAAUUAAGCAGCAAUGCUGUUUGUGAUCAGUUUACUUAUUCUAACAAUAAAAUAUAUUUUCCUCGCACCUUUACCGUUUUUGGCCAGAAUGCAGUGCCUUGCUUCAUAAAAUGGUAGCUCCUUUAAAAUUUGAAGUGUUUUGAAAUUGAAUGUAGCUGUGGGAUGAAGCUAAGCUUAGUUGUGAAUAAAGAUUGUUAUACCGUUUCACAUUGAAAUUAUUGUGCUGCAAGUAUGGCGACUAAAAGGUGUCUCCUACAGAACCAUUCCAUUGCACGCUUUUAAAAUAUUUUUUCGCUAUAAGCACGACGAAAUUUAAGAUUUUAGUUUUAAUUUGAGCUGAAUAAUCAAUAUGAUGUAUGUUCAGCAUAGCGCCAGUUGCAUUUCUAAUCCAUGCAUACUUGUCAACAUCUUUAAAAUAUAAUUCGCUAGUAUUUCUGUGUCUCAAU